CAGGAACCUUGGCUGGAGGGACUGGGUAUCCGCGAGCCCCGCUGCGAUGAUGGCAUGAAUACAGAUUGUGUAACGUCGCAGCUCCCGUCCUGGAUAUCUAUGCGACCCCUCGUCUCUUGUCUCUCCACAGCAAACCCCGCCUCGUGCACAGGGCCCACGUGCCCAAUCACCACAUGAUGGAAGGACACAAACGCUCCAAGUCGAGCAGGGUGAAGAAUGCCUUGACGCGCACCCAUUCCAAGACGGACGACAGCGGUUCCAACACAGACUCCCCCGCGGCUCUGUCCACGGCGUCCCUCCGCCCACACACGUCCACCAGCAUGACGAGCCUGGGUGGUCCCCCGCAGGACCCCUCCUCGCCGCAGAGUAUUGCGCCGGCGCUCCCAGGCCCCACGCCCACGGGCUCGUCCAUCGAGCAGUCUGUCAAGCUGUUCCGCGUGUUCGAGUCGCUGCGCAACGGCGACACGGCUGCCAUUUCAAAGGCCAUCCGCGAGCAGUCGGGGCCCGCAGACGGCGAAGACAGCCGAGCCUCGCUGCAGCUGCCCAGCGCACGCACCGAGGGCACCUCGAUCCUGCACCUGGCCAUUCAGUGCGCUGAGCUGCCCGUCAUCGAGUUCGUCUUGUCCAACGCGACCGCCACGCCCGACUCGCCCAUCGACAUCAACGGCCGCGACCGCGAUGGGAAUACCCCGCUCCACCUGGCUGCCACGCUGGGCCGCACACCAGUCGUGCGCAUGCUGUUGGACCGUCCAGGCAUCAACGACUCCAUCACAAAUUACAAUGGCCAGACGCCGCUAGAUCUCGCGCGCACGCCAGACAUCUUCCAGCAGCUGCAGCUCGCGCGAUCCAUCUUCAUCGACACCAACGUCAAGAGGAUCCACCAGCUGGUCAGCGCAGGAGAUUUGGAUGCGCUGGAGACAACGCUGCAAGACAGCCGCAUCAAGAGCACGCUGGACGUCAACAACGGGGAACUGGCGACUGACCCCGUCGUCAUCGAUGCUGGAGGCACGCUCCUGCACGAAGCAGCCAAGAAGAAGGACGUCAAGCUGGCACAGCUUCUGCUGCUGAACGGCGCCGAUCCCUUCCGUCGAGACCGCGUAGGCAAAUUGCCCCAGGACUACACCAAAGACGACCGCACACGUGCUAUUCUGAAGCGAUCGCCUGCCGCGGCAGCAGCUCAGCGGGGCAUCCAGGAAAAGACAAUCCUCGCAGGCGCACCCCAGGGUGGAGCCGCCGCCGACAAUGGCAUGGGCGCAAAGGAGUCUCGUGAGAUGAAGGGCUAUCUCAAGAAGUGGACAAACUAUACGAGCGGCUACAAGUUGAGGUGGUUCGUGCUUGAGGAUGGUGUGCUCAGCUAUUAUAAGCAUCAAGAUGACACUGGCUCUGCCUGCCGUGGUGCAAUCAACAUGCGGAUAGGCAAGCUCUACAUGGACCCCCAAGACAAGCAACGGUUUGAGAUCCAGGGCAAGUCGUCAGUCAAGUACCACCUCAAGGCAAAUCACCAGGUCGAAGCAAAGCGAUGGUACUGGGCCCUGAACAACGCCAUCCAGUGGGCCAAAGACGAGGCACGCGACGAAGAGAAGCGCGCCAACCAGAACCAGGAAGCCCUCAAGCAGGCCAAGAUCGAGCAACUAACAGGCCAAGGUGACACCCCAAGUGUGAACAGCUCCAGGAUGUCAAGGAAUCUCACACCAGCCACCAAUCUCGGCGUUCCUCUCUCAACCCUAGACACAUCCUCGCGAACUGCAGUCAGCGUGGUAGAAGGUCCCGGGAGUACGUACGAGCCCAGCUACGUCGGAAACGACCUAGGCAGGAUGACCAGCCACAUGGGAACGGCUACUGUCGCAGGUGAUGAUGACGACGACGACGAUUACGAUGAUGAUGACAGCGGCCACGAAAUCAAACCGCACAGCAAAGACGCAUUCAACAUCACAGCGCAGUCUGCAAAGCUGCAACUUGACCUCAUGACCUCCGUAUCCCUAGCACUACAAGCGGAGAAGAACCAGAACCCUACUUUGCAGCUCUCGGAUCCCAUGAUGCUGCAAGCCUUUGCGUCGUACGAAUCGGCUAUUGGCAACCUCAAGGGGCUUAUCGGUGAUCUGUUGCGGAUAUCGAGGGAUCGCGAUGCUUAUUGGCAGUAUCGGUUGGAUCGCGAGGCCAAUGUGCGGCGCAUGUGGGAAGACAGCAUGGCCAAGGUCGCAAAGGAGCAGGAGGAUUUGGAGACAAGGAUGGGUCAGUCGGAGGAGAAGAGGCGGAAAACGAAAAAGGCUUUGCGCGAGGCUUUGGAGGACUAUGGGAGAAUGGAACCCGGUCCAACGCUGCGGGAUCACCAAGACGACUUUGUUGAAGCUGCAGAAACACCGGAGCAAGAGCACGACUUGGCGUCCAAGCAACGAGGCUUGGGCAGGAAGGCCACGUUUGCGGAUCUUGCCGCUGACUUUUCGGAAUCGGACUCGGAAGGCGACGAGGAGUUCUUCGAUGCCGUUGGUGCUGGUGAGGUCGAGGUUGUUGAGAUGCCAGCCCCUGCUCCGGUGGUGAGAGAAUCAGAAGCGGCCCCACCCACAGACGUCUUUGAGAGCAAGCAUGCAGAUAUCGCGACGGGAUUCGUAGGGUAUGAAGAUGGGCCGCGACAGAGGCUGGCCAUGGAUGCAGAUGACAGGCCCAAGAUCUCGCUUUGGGGUAUCUUGAAGUCUAUGAUCGGCAAGGAUAUGACUAAAAUGACCCUUCCCGUCUCUUUCAACGAGCCCACAUCCCUGCUCCAGCGCGUGGCCGAAGACAUGGAAUACACCGAUCUUCUCGACACCGCAGCCACGCGCGCAGACUCGACAGAACGCCUACUCUAUGUUGCCGCCUUUGCUGCCUCCGAGUAUGCGUCUACCAUUGGGCGUGUCGCAAAACCCUUCAACCCGCUUCUCGCGGAAACGUACGAGUACGCCAGGCCCGACAAGGGCUACCGGUUCUUCAUUGAGCAGGUCAGCCAUCAUCCCCCAAUUGGCGCUGCAUACGCCGAGUCGAAGACGUGGGAUUAUUGGGGCGAAUCAGCCGUAAAGUCAAAAUUCUACGGUAAAUCCUUCGACAUCAACCCCCUCGGGACCUGGUUCCUCCGCCUGCGCCCCACCUCCUCCCCGGGACACAGCGAGCUCUACACGUGGAAAAAAGUGACCUCCUCCGUCAUCGGCAUCAUCACGGGCAACCCCGUCGUCGACAACUACGGCCUCAUGGAGAUCAAAAACCACACAACCGGCGAAAUCUGCCACCUGGACUUCAAAGCGCGCGGCUGGAAAGCCUCCUCCGCGUUUCAAGUCGUCGGCAAAGUGCUCGACAGCGCAGGCCGCGUCCGCUGGUCCGUCGGCGGCCGCUGGAACGAUAAGAUCUAUGCGCGCCUUACCCCGGGGUUUGAAGAUGCGGAGAUUGAUAAGGGCGGGAGUAAGCACGCUAAGCAUGAUGAAAGUAAGGCGUUCCUCGUCUGGCAGGCUAAUGCUAGACCGACGGGUAUACCGUUUAAUCUCACGCCCUUUGUCGUGACACUGAACGAUAUUCCCGAUCGUCUUAGACCGGUGGUAGCGCCGACUGAUACUAGACUAAGACCUGAUCAGCGCGCUAUGGAAGACGGCGCGUAUGAUCUUGCGGCAACGGAGAAGAAUCGCGUUGAGGAGAAACAACGCGCUACUAGGCGGGAGAGGGAGGCUAGUGGGGGGCAUUUUGAACCGAGGUGGUUUAGGAAGAGCGUGUGUGAGACGACUGGGGAGGAGUUUUGGGAGUUUAAUCAUGAGUAUUGGAGGGUUAGGGAGGGGGUUGCUAGCGGGAGGGGGAGUUGGAGGGAGGCGGGGUGCGAGGAUAUAUAUUAGCUGUUGGUGGGUGUGGGGGAGGGUAGGAAGGGGAGGGGAGGGAUUUCUGGGCUGGAGAAUUGAUGUUAUCGACUGCUUUGUCCUGUUCUGUCUCUCUGUCUUUCAUGGCAUCGUGGUGUUUCUUUCUCCAGUUGUUAUCCGUCUGCUU